GCCAUCACUCAGUCCCUGAACGCCACGACUGAGGACAUUUAUACCAAUGGCUCAGCAGCUCUGGGCAGUCCCUCCCACAGCGGCGGCCGCGAGGUGCGGAAGAUACGGCUUGUCCAGUUUGAGAAGGUCACGGAGGAGCCUAUGGGAAUCACACUGAAGAUCAAUGACAAGCAGAGCUGCACAGUGGCCAGGAUCUUCCAUGGGGGCAUGAUUCACAGACAAGGCUCCCUUCACGUGGGUGAUGAAAUCAUAGAAAUCAAUGGGCAGAGUGUGAGCAACCAUUCAGUUGACCAGCUGCAGAAGAUUUUGAAAGAAACCAAGGGGAUGGUCUCAAUAAAAGUUAUUCCCAACCAACAAAGCCGCCUCCCUGCUCUCCAGAUGUUCAUGAGGGCACAGUUUGACUAUGACCCCAAAAAAGACAACCUGAUCCCCUGCAAGGAAGCUGGGCUGAAGUUUCAGACUGGCGAUGUGAUUCAAAUCAUAAACAAGGAUGACAGCAACUGGUGGCAGGGCCGGGUGGAGGGCUCCAGCACCGAGUCGGCAGGACUGAUUCCUUCUCCAGAGCUGCAGGAGUGGCGUGUGGCAAGUGUCACCCAGUCCAGUCAGAGUGAAUCCCCAAGCUGUAGCCCUUUUGGGAAGAAGAAGAAGUGCAAAGAUAAAUACCUGGCCAAGCACAGCUCAAUUUUUGACCAGCUGGAUGUGGUUUCAUAUGAGGAAGUGGUGAGGCUGCCUGCCUUCAAGAGGAAGACUCUGGUGCUCAUUGGGGCCAGCGGCGUGGGCCGUAGCCACAUCAAGAAUGCUCUGCUCAGCAACAACCCAGAGAAGUUCAUGUACCCACCCCCAU